AUGAAUAGGACACCGUCGUCGCCAACGACGCCUGUGCGCCGCAAGAAUCCCGUCCUUCCUGGCUUCCGCGCACCACCGCGGCCUAAUCAGCGGCCUAUUGCGCAAAUGACGGUGCGUGAGCUACAGGAUCGUCAUAAUUUCAACGCAAAGCUUUUGGCUUCCCCUGAAGCUUCUACAUCUACCUACGCCCAGCGUGUGCUUGCAGAGCAGAGUGAGGUCGAGUCCCGAUUACUCGAGCUCAAUGGAAUGGAUGUUAUCAACUCCGGACUGCGUAGAACUCGGAUCGGAGACGAAGGACCAGCGGGGGAUUCUUCGCGCGAACCAACAAGUCGAACACUAGCCGCGAAACAGAAAGCUCUUUCCCAAUUCGUCAGCAACACCCACAAUUCGUCUAGCCAUGUUGGUUCUCUCAGUAUGCAAGAGGCAAUACAACUAGAGCAACAAGCUCAUCUACAAGAUAAGGAACGGCAGGAACGAAUAGCCGAAAAGAGACGGCGUCUUGGAUACCCCGUCGAAGGGGAAGUUCUUACUCGACAAGAGAGAGAGGCCCGUGUAUGGGCAUACUUUAACCACAAGCCAACCGAAUCCGACAUGGAGGAUGACGACGACGACGAAGAUGACGAAGACCCUGCAAGCUGGUUUGAAGACGACCAAGACGAUGGUCGGAAAGGUCAGGAUAUUGUGGAACCAGAUAUGGAAGACCUAUCGGAUAUAAUACGAAUCGACGAGAACAAACUGCGGUAUGGUUCCUUCUAUGAACCUCGCGAUGACGGAGACUAA